AUGUCCCCAGCCAAGAUUCCUCGCCCCGCGGCAGAGCUCGCCGCGGAGGCCAUCGCAGUGCGCGACAGCACCAUUCCAGCGGCGUACCGCCUGCCGAAGAACACCAAGCUGGCGAAGAACGUCACGGGCGUCCUCUCGACCAGCGGCAUCCUGUCGGCCGCCGAGCUUGCCAUCGUCGAGCUGGACGCCACGCGGCUCGCGGAGGCGCUCGCGGCGCGCAAGUACACCGCGGUCGAGGUGACCACUGCGUACGUCAAGGCCGCGGCGAUCGCACAGCAGGUGACCAACUGCCUUGUCGAGCUGUUCGCCCCCGAGGCGCUCGAGCGCGCGGCGUGGCUCGACGCCGAGCUCGAGCGGACCGGCGUGCCAGUCGGCCCGUUCCACGGCGUACCCGUCAGCAUCAAGGACCACCUCGACGUCAAGGGGCACGACUCGCCGAGCGGGUUCCUGGACAUGAUCGGCAACGUCGCGACCGAGGACGCGUACAUGGUCGAGAUUCUGCGUAACGCCGGGGCCGUGUUCUACUGCAAAACAACCAACCCCCAGAGCCUGAUGCACCUCGAAACAGAGUGUUACCUCGGCGUCACCGCGUCGCCAUGGAACACGGACCUCACGGCCGGCGGGAGCAGCGGCGGCGAGGGCGCGCUGAUCGGGAUGAAGGGCAGUCCGUUGGGCAUCGGCACGGACAUUGGCGGCAGUGUGCGGAGUCCCGCCGCCGCAUGCGGCAUCUACUCGUUUAAGCCGUCCGUCCGGCGCCUGCCCUACGGCGGCGCCAACAUCCCCGUCGGCCCGGCUGGAUGGGAGGGGAUUCUGGGCACGCACGGGCCGAUGGGGCGCAGCGUGGACGAUUUGGAGAAGUACAUGCGGCUCGUGGCGAGCACGGAGCCGUGGAAGCGGGACCCGACGCUCGACGUCAAGCCGUGGCGCGAGGUCCAGCCGAAGCGCCUGCGCGUCGGCGUGCUCUACGACGACGGGGUCGUGCGCCCCGUCGCGCCCGUGCGGCGCGCGCUCGACACCGCGGUCUCCAAGCUGCGCCAGAGCGGCGCGUUCGACGUCGUCGAGUACGCCCCGUACCGGUCCGCCGACAACUGGGAGAUCAUCUCGGCGCUGUACUGGCCCGAUAACGGCAAGGCCGUGUACGACCAUAUCGCCGGCAGCGGGGAGCGCGUGCUGCCGCUUACGGAGUGGAUCAUUGGUCAAGCUGGGGACAGGGAGCGGUCGCGCGAGGAGCUGUGGGACCUCGUCGCCCGCCGCGACGCCUUCCGCGCCGCCUUCGCAGCCCACUGGCAGGCCACCGGCAUGGACAUCCUCCUCACGCCCGUCGGGCCGACCCCGGCGCCGGCGCACGGCACGGCGCGGUACUGGAACUACACGAGCUUCUGGAACCUGGUGAACUACCCUGCGGUUGUGUUCCCCACGGGUGCGCACGUCGACCCGGCCAAGGAUGCCGAGGCGGCGGCUUACACGCCGCGUAACGACGCCGAGGCGGACGUGUACGACUCUUUCGACGCCGCUGCCAGCGUCGACGCGCCGCUGUGCCUCCAGACUGUGGGGUAUAUCGGGUACGAGGAGGAGACGCUGUGGGCGACCAAGCAGAUCGUCGAGGUGAUUCAGAAGUAA